GCCGGGGAUUUAAAAGGCGGAGACACGCCCCAGAGCAGAGCGAAAGAUAGCACUUUUCUUGCCCUUCGCUCUCCUCUCUCUCCUGCUGAUCUUAGCUGAUCAUUGCCCACCAUGUCCAUGGACGAGAAAGAUCCCAAGAUGUUCGAGGAAGUGGCAGUGCCUGCUCCUGGCAAGGCCGGAGAGAUCACUACCGCUCCUCCCCCAGACUACAACGCACCCAAGGCGAAGACUGAGCAGCUCGAGAAUGCUCGUGGCUGGGAGUCGGACAACCUGAUCCACGACUUGGAGAAGGAGCUUGAGCAGUCUGGCUACAAGAGGGGCAUAUUCGACAUCGAGUUCAAGAACCCCAAGUACUUCACAUGGCUUCUCGUCGCUUUCGCGUCGAUGGGUGGUCUUCUCUCUGGACUCGAUCAGUCGCUUAUUUCUGGUGCCAACCUGUUCCUACCCAAGGACCUCCACCUCACUGACCAGCAAAACUCCCUCGUCAACUCUGGCAUGCCGCUAGGUGCUGUCGCUGGUGCUCUCCUCAUCUCACCCUGCAACGAGUACUUCGGUCGCCGCUGGGCUAUCAUCAUCUCUUGUAUCCUCUACACCAUCGGUGGUGCGCUUGAGGCAGGUUCCGUGAACUAUGGCAUGAUUGUCGCCGCUCGUGUCAUCCUCGGUGCCGGUGUCGGUCUCGAGGGUGGAACAGUCCCCGUCUACGUCGCUGAGACAGUCGAGAGUCGCCUUCGUGGUAACUUGGUCUCGCUAUACCAGUUCAAUAUCGCCCUCGGUGAAGUCCUCGGAUACGCUGUCGCUGCCAUGUUCGUUAGUGUUCCCGGCAACUGGCGCUACAUUCUCGGUUCCUCGCUCGUCUUCUCCACUAUCAUGGGCGUUGGUAUCCUCUUCAUGCCUGAGUCUCCCCGUUACCUCAUGCACAAGGGCAAGACGCUCGAGGCUUUCAAAGUCUGGCGCCGCAUUCGUGGUGUCGAGACUCUCGAGGCCCGUCAGGAAUUCUUUGUCAUGAAGGUCAGCACUGAAGAGGAGGAGGCUGAGGUUGCUGCUGGUCGUACCAACCGCUUCCCUUGGAUGGACUUCUUCACUAAGCCUCGCGCUCGCCGUGCUAUUAUUUACGCCAACAUCAUGAUCUUCCUCGGACAGUUCACCGGUAUCAACGCCAUCAUGUACUAUAUGUCGAUCCUCAUGGCCCAGGUUGGCUUCAACGACUACGACGCCACCUACAUGUCUCUCGUCGGUGGUGGCGCCCUCCUUCUCGGUACCAUCCCCGCCAUCUUCCUUAUGGAGACCUGCGGUCGUCGCUUCUGGGCCAUUGCCAUGUUGCCCGGUUUCUUUGUCGGUCUCGUCCUCGUCGGUGCCUCUGACCAUCUCGGUGAGGGCAACGUCACCGGCAGGCUCGCCAUGUACCUCACCGGUCUAAUCCUCUACGAACUCUUCUUCGGUUCCUACGCUGCCCUCACCUGGGUCAUUCCUUCUGAGGUCUACCCCACCUACCUCCGCUCCUACGGGAUGACUACCUCUACUGGAUGGCUGUUCCUGUCCUCUUUCAUCGUCACAUACAACUUCACCGGCAUGCAGAAGGCGUUCACCCCCACUGGUUUGACCCUUGGUUUCUACGGUGGUAUUGCGGUGCUCGGCUGGUUCUACCAGAUCUUCUUCAUGUAUGAGACGAAGAACAAGACCCUUGAGGAGAUUGAUCAGUUGUUUAUGAAGCCGACCAGCCAGCUUGUUAAGGAGAACGCGAAGAGUGCUGUGGGUGUCACCAACGACUUGCUCCAUGGACGCUUCAAGAAGGUGUUCAUCGAAAACAACCGCCUGGAGUCGGAUUACUAGAAAGGGGGAGUUGAUCAGACGAAGAGUAGCGAGUGCUGGUCUAUUACGUUUUUACGUUUUUACGUUUUUGAUGACAUAGAGUUGUUAUACCCAUAGCGAGUUGCAAAU